CCGGUGGACCAGACAUCUGUCCUUUCAAUUCAACCGGUUGCUGCCAUCACCAUACAAAGCUGUCAACAGUGUCAACCAUAAGCAUCAGUGGUGGAAUCAACCGGUGAAUUAAAGAAUCCACCUUAUGUCACUGUAAGAAUAUGACGGCAAAUGUCAUAAUUAUGUCAUUUGUCUAAUUGUUCUGAGUAGUGCUCUGCAAAAAAAAACUAGGGACAAAAAGUCAUCUUUCCGUUUCCGUAUAUGUUUUAUGAUAUAGGAUAUAGAGCAUCCUUGAAAUGCUAAAGUUCAAAAUUUGUUCUGGGAUUCAAAUGUCAGGUUAAAUGUUCAAUAAUCAUGAUUUUUUUUAUCAAUCUUUAACUAUCGAAUUAGGUAUAAUUUACUGAAUCUCUGCGAUCAUGGCUGCAGCAGUAGAAACUCCCGUUGCCCAACAACCCGAGGGCGCAGUACGAGAAGAAAUGGUCCAAACUGCAAUCAAAUUUUUAGAGAAUCCCAAUGUUAUCAAUACGCCUCUAGCCCAAAAACAGAACUUUCUGAGGCGCAAAGGUCUGACUGAUAACGAAAUCCAAAUAGCCUGUGAUAAAUCAGGAGCAUACACAAGACAUGAAGAGCAACAGAGACGACUUCCUCCAUCUUUACCACCAUCGAUGGGUACAGUUUGCAACCAUCCAAUGUAUGGUCAGAUGCAACUGAGUUGGUUUGAUAGAGUUAGGGAGAUAUUGCAUAAUAUAGCGAUACUAAGCAUCGUAGCGUAUGUAAUCCAGAAAUUUUACCAGAAGUACAUAGCCCCAUUCCUAUUUGGUAAAAAGAAAAAAUCCGUAGAAGAAACUAUUGAGGAACUAGAUAAGAAUGUGAAGUCCUCUGUUGGUGAAAUCAAAGAUGACUUACAGAGUGUCAAGGUAGAGGUGGAUAGACUGAAUAGUGAAAGCACAGCUAGACAGUUAGCAGAAUUAAAGUCUGAGGUAUCGACGGUUAAGGGCUUGUUGUUAGGAAGAAAACAGUUUCCAUCGGUAGCAAAUUCUCCUGUGGUACCGCCUUCCAUACCUGCUUGGCAGAUGUCCAGCUUGACCCAGGAUGAACAUGACGGUGAAGAGAGAAAAGAAGACUUGGAAGAACUAGGUUCUGGAUCAGGAUCUUCUGAACAUGAGCAUGGCAUGAAAACUAGUGAAUCAAGCUUAGAAAUUAUAUCUUCCAAGGAUUGUGACUCAGAGUCUUGCCACAGUCGGAAAAGCAUCAAAGAUGAUAAUGAGAAAGAAUAGUGAUUUUAAAUAGAAUUUUGAGGGUCAUUAUGUUUUAUAUUAAUCCAAUUAACGUUUCAAGUUACCAACGUUUAGUGAAGUGUAUAUUUUUAUAUUUGUAUAUUUUAUAUAGAUGCAACAUAUUUGAAAAUUAAAGUCAUUUCAGUGAUUGUGCUGGCAUAUUCUGGGUUCUGAAAAUAAAAAGGUUUAUCAAUUAUUGUUGUUUGAAGACAUCACUAAUUAUUAUAAUAUACAUUAAUUCCUGCAACCAUUAAAACUGUCUACAGGUUUCAAUAAAACGC